UAAAUAUAAACCAUCCUCUCUCUCCUCUCUUCCCUCCACCAUCCUCUCUCCCUUCUCUCUCUGACUCCAAUUGUUCCCAAAAAAAUGUAUCUCAAAACCCUAAGUCACCAUUGUCACCUCUCAAUCCAAACUCAUAAAUUCAAACAAUUAUCAACACCUCCAACUUUCUUCAACAAAAUCCAUCUUCACUCGCCUUCAAAGCUUCCUUCAACUAUUCGGAUCUCUCCUGUCAAGUACAAUAAUAGGAGCAGUAGAUUAAUUACUGGUUGCAUCAGUCCAAGCCAAGAACUUCUCAGCGAAGACCCCGAAAUUGCUAGUGAAAUUGUCGAAAGCAAUGGUUCAAUUCCAUCAAUUCAAGAAGACGAGGAAGAGAAUUCAACAGCAAGAACAGAGGUCAUUGCAUCGAAAAGAGAAGAGUUCGCGGAAGAUCAGAGCAUUUGGAAUCAAAUGGUGGAGAUUGUCAAGUUCUCUGGUCCAGCCACCGGGCUGUGGAUUUGUGGGCCGUUGAUGAGUCUUAUUGACACUGCAGUCAUUGGUCAGGGAAGUUCAGUUGAGCUUGCUGCUUUAGGACCUGGAACAGUGCUUUGUGAUAAUAUGAGUUAUGUGUUUAUGUUUCUUUCCAUUGCUACUUCGAAUAUGGUUGCUACAUCGCUCGCCAAAGGGGAUAAAAAAGAAGUUCAGCAUCAGAUAUCUAUCUUGCUCUGUGUUGGUUUGGCUUGUGGUGUGUUAAUGCUUCUCUUUAUGAGAUUCUGUGGAGCAUGGGCACUAACAGGUUUCGCUGGCCCGAAAAACAUACAUAUUGUACCUGCAGCGAACAAAUAUGUUCAGAUUCGGGGCUUAGCAUGGCCUGCAGUACUUGUUGGAUGGGUUGCUCAAAGUGCAAGUCUCGGCAUGAAAGAUUCGUGGGGACCUUUGAAGGCUUUGGCGGUGGCCAGUACUGUAAAUAUUAUUGGCCAUGUAGUCCUCUGCAGUUACUUAGGCUAUGGUAUUGCUGGCGCAGCAUGGGCAACUAUGGUGUCCCAGGUUAUUGCAGCUUGUAUGAUGGUUCAAGCUCUCAACAACAAAGGGUAUAAUGGUUUUGCCAUCUCUAUUCCGUCACCCACUGAACUUCUGCAAAUACUCACGCUUGCUGCUCCAGUUUUUUUAACAAUAAGUUCAAAGGUGGCGUUUUACUCUCUCAUCAUAUACUUUGCUACGUCUAUGGGAACAGCCACCGUUGGUGCUCAUCAGGUCAUGAUUCAAAUGUACAGCAUGUGUGUGGUGUGGGGUGAACCUCUUUCUCAAACUGCUCAAUCAUUUAUGCCCGAGUUGAUAUAUGGUGCUAAUCGUAGUCUGGAAAAGGCUCGAAUGCUAUUAAAGUCGCUGGUGAUCAUUGGAGCUAUGCUAGGACUAGUAUUAGGAACUAUAGGAACAUGCGUUCCUUGGUUGUUUCCCAGAAUUUUUACAUCUGAUGCUAGUGUCAUACAUCAGAUGCACGGUGUGUUGAUUCCAUUCUUUAUUGCAUUGUGCAUCACACCCUGUACUCAUAGUCUUGAGGGCACAUUACUGGCUGGACGGGAUCUUAAAUUUAUCAGUUUGACAAUGAGUGGAUGCUUCUCUUUGGGUUCUCUUCUCCUAUUGCUUGUAAGCAGUAGAGGAUAUGGUUUGCUGGGCUGCUGGUGCGCACUUGUUGGAUUUCAAUGGGCUCGAUUUUUCUUCUCUCUACGGCGUCUCAUUUCACCUGAAGGUGUUCUUUACUCCGAAGAUUUAACCCAGUAUAGGAUGGAAAAGCUGAAAGCUGCAUAGAUUCUGAUUCCAUGUCAAUGUAUUUGGAAGUAAAAAGCAAAAUAUCACACAAUUGCUACAUGCCCAAGAUCAAGCUGUCAAAUUCUUUUCAGCCUCAAUUGAGGCUAAAGAGCAACCUAUACACUACCACAAGCUGAGAGAUCUUAGUUCUACGGCAAAUCGUAAUUAAACAUUGAUCAUUGUAAUUUCCUUGUAUUUUUCUCUCUUUCUGGUGGCUCCUUUAAUCAGCAGAAAUUUGUGGUGCGGUUAGGUUAUUGUAAGGAACACAGUACCUUUUUGAUAUUAUUUAUUCUUGAUAGUUCAAUUUAGACAAUAGAUGUUAUGAGUUGUAAGUUUGGUGUUCCAAAACCAAGAAUAGACGAUGCCUGUUUUUGAGACUUCA